GGGGGCUCGCUGGCGGCCGAGACGGUGCGAGGGGGAAAAGAUAAGGCAGAGGGAGCCAAAAAAGCAAAAAAUCAGACCGAAAUAAAGCACCAAACACCAGCUCCCACCCCCCCCCCCCGGACCCCCGGAGCUGCAGGAGAGCGGCCGGAGACUGCGAAAGGGGGAGGGGGACGGGGGGAGGGAAUGCAUGCAAAAGGCAAGAGGAGAGCUACUUCCCAGCUGGAGAGAUCCUGAGAGCGCACUCCCCGCCGACCACCCGGUCCUUUUUUGGGGGGGGGAGAAAAGGCGUUUUUGCACCAUGGUGGUCCCACCCGGCCGCCCCUCCUGGAUUAUCGCCUGCUACCUCUGGCUGCUCCGGCUGGCGCGCCCGGGGGAGGCCCAGCCUGCGAGAGAAGUAAUACUGCUGGACUCGAAAUCACAACAGACAGAAUUGGAAUGGAUUUCUUCUCCUUCCAAUGGGUGGGAAGAAAUUAGUGGACUGGAUGAAAACUACACCCCUAUACGGACAUACCAGGUAUGCCAGGUUAUGGAACCUAAUCAAAACAACUGGCUUCGGACUAGCUGGAUUGCAAAAGGCAAUGCACAAAGGAUUUUUGUAGAACUGAAAUUCACCCUGAGGGAUUGUAACAGUCUUCCUGGAGUCCUGGGCACAUGUAAAGAAACCUUUAAUUUGUAUUAUUAUGAAACAGACUACGACACUGGCAGGAAUAUAAGAGAAAACCUGUAUGUAAAAAUAGACACUAUCGCUGCUGAUGAAAGCUUUACACAGGGUGACCUUGGUGAGAGAAAGAUGAAACUUAACACUGAGGUGAGAGAGAUCGGACCUUUGUCCAAAAAGGGCUUCUACCUUGCCUUUCAGGAUGUAGGGGCCUGUAUUGCUCUCGUGUCAGUCAAAGUGUACUACAAGAAGUGCUGGUCCAUUAUUGAGAACUUAGCUAUCUUUCCAGAUACAGUGACCGGCUCAGAAUUUUCCUCCCUAGUUGAGGUGCGCGGGACCUGUGUUCACAGUGCGGAAGAGGAGGCCGAGAAUUCUCCUCGGAUGCACUGCAGCGCUGAAGGAGAAUGGCUGGUCCCUAUUGGAAAGUGUAUCUGCAAAGCUGGCUACCAGCAGAAAGGAGACACUUGUGAACCCUGUGGACGUGGAUUCUAUAAAUCUUCUUCCCAAGACCUGCAGUGCUCACGGUGUCCAAGCCACAGUUUUUCAGACAAAGAAGGAUCUUCCCGAUGUGAUUGUGAGGAUGGCUACUACCGAGCUCUCGCUGAUCCUUCGUAUGUCGCUUGCACAAGACCACCAUCUGCACCACAGAAUCUCAUUUUCAAUAUCAACCAGACGACCGUGAGCUUGGAGUGGAACCCUCCGGCAGAUAACGGAGGACGGAAUGACGUUACCUACCGAGUGCUGUGUAAGCGAUGCAGUUGGGAGCAGGGCGAGUGCGUUCCUUGCGGAAGUAAUGUUGGCUACUUGCCCCAGCAAAGUGGAUUAGCAGAUAACUUUGUCACGGUCACGGACCUGCUAGCCCACGCCAAUUACACAUUUGAAGUUGAGGCUGUGAAUGGGGUCUCCGACCUGAGCCGUUCCCAGAGACUUUUUGCCGCCGUCAGUAUCACCACUGGCCAAGCAGCUCCUUCACAAGUUAGCGGCGUCAUGAAGGAAAGAGUACUGCAAAGGAGCGUCGAGCUUUCCUGGCAGGAACCAGAGCAUCCCAAUGGAGUCAUCACGGAAUACGAAAUCAAGUACUAUGAGAAAGAUCAAAGGGAACGGACCUACUCAACAGUUAAAACCAAAUCCACUUCCGUCUCCAUUAAUAAUCUGAAACCAGGAACGGUGUAUGUGUUCCAGAUCCGGGCUUUCACUGCUGCCGGUUAUGGAAAUUACAGUCCCAGACUAGAUGUUGCUACACUAGAGGAAGCUACAGGUAAAAUGUUUGAAGCCACUGCAGUCUCCAGUGAACAGAACCCUGUCAUUAUCAUAGCUGUGGUUGCUGUGGCCGGAACAAUCAUACUGGUCUUCAUGGUUUUUGGCUUCAUCAUUGGCAGAAGGCAUUGUGGCUAUAGCAAAGCAGACCAAGAAGGAGACGAAGAACUUUACUUUCAUUUUAAAUUUCCAGGCACCAAAACCUACAUUGACCCUGAAACCUAUGAGGACCCAAAUAGAGCUGUCCAUCAAUUCGCCAAGGAGCUAGACGCCUCUUGUAUUAAAAUUGAGCGUGUGAUUGGCGCAGGAGAAUUUGGAGAAGUUUGCAGUGGUCGUCUGAAACUCCCGGGCAAGAGAGACGUGGCAGUAGCCAUAAAAACGCUGAAAGUUGGCUACACAGAAAAACAAAGGCGGGACUUCCUAUGUGAAGCAAGCAUCAUGGGACAGUUUGACCACCCAAAUGUUGUUCACUUAGAAGGAGUUGUUACCAGGGGGAAGCCAGUCAUGAUCGUAAUAGAAUACAUGGAAAAUGGAGCCCUAGAUGCAUUUCUUCGAAAACACGACGGACAAUUUACCGUCAUUCAGCUCGUGGGCAUGCUGAGAGGAAUCGCCGCUGGAAUGAGAUAUUUGGCCGAUAUGGGCUACGUUCACAGGGAUCUAGCAGCUCGUAAUAUCCUGGUCAACAGCAACCUUGUUUGCAAAGUGUCCGAUUUUGGCCUGUCCAGAGUGAUUGAAGAUGACCCAGAAGCUGUCUAUACAACGACCCAGGGUGGAAAAAUUCCAGUCCGGUGGACAGCACCCGAAGCCAUCCAGUAUCGGAAAUUUACAUCAGCUAGCGAUGUGUGGAGUUACGGAAUAGUUAUGUGGGAAGUGAUGUCAUACGGAGAACGACCUUAUUGGGAUAUGUCAAAUCAAGAUGUUAUAAAAGCAAUCGAAGAAGGUUAUCGUUUGCCAGCACCCAUGGACUGCCCAGCUGGCCUUCACCAAUUGAUGCUGGAUUGUUGGCAAAAGGAUCGUGGCGAAAGGCCAAAGUUUGAACAGAUAGUUGGAAUUCUGGACAAAAUGAUUCGGAAUCCAAAUAGCCUGAAAACACCCCUGGGAACCUGUAGCCGACCAAUCAGUCCUCUCCUGGAUCAAAACACUCCUGAUUUCACCACUUUCUGCUCUGUUGGAGAAUGGCUACAAGCCAUCAAAAUGGAACGGUAUAAAGACAACUUCACAGCUGCUGGCUACAACUCGCUGGAAUCAGUGGCCAGGAUGACCAUUGAAGAUGUGAUGAGUUUAGGGAUCACAUUGGUGGGCCAUCAAAAGAAAAUCAUGAGUAGCAUUCAAACCAUGAGAGCACAAAUGCUUCAUUUACACGGCACUGGGAUCCAGGUGUGAUCGACGUCCCUCCCCUGGGACGGGAAGGACAAACUGAGAGAACAGUACUGACCUUCGGAUUUCAUGCAGUUCUGCUAGAAGACGCUUAAUUUCCCGGGUUCUUCCUGCAGUAAACAAACAAUGUACAAGAAGCACCUACAGACUUGAACUCCCAAGUGCCACCAGAAUUUACAAAAAAAAAAAAAAGGGAAUUAAUUAUACACUCCACCAGUGGUGGCAACAGAACAGCAGUGACACUAAACAAAGUACUACCUGAAAAGCAUAAACACACCUUCAGCUCUCUAACCUCCUUUUUACCUUUUGGACUUUUUAGAAUGUACAUAGAGAAUUUAAGAAAGAAUAUAUUUGUCAAAUAAAAUCAUGAUCUUAUUGUUAAAUUCAACAAACUAUUUUCCUUAAGUCUGCGAUUUUGGACCUUUUUUUAAAAUCAUUUGUGUUUAUUCUUCAUAAAGACUUCCUUUUAGUGAGUUGUUUAUAUCUUUGGACCUUUUUAGUGUUAAUUCUGUGACACAUUAUUGCACUGGGUACCUUUGAAGGAAUCUGAAGUCCUAGAAUCAUGAGAAAGCAUGAGUGAAAAAUGUAUUUGUCAGAACAUCGGUAUCCUUUCUGUGCCAUUUUAAGUUCUGUUUAAGUGCUGUUUUGUUACGGUAUGCUAAUUGGCAGGGAGUCAAGAAAAUGCAAGUUGCCAAGAGCUCUGGUAUUAAAAAAAAAAGCCACAAAAAAACUGUUUUUGUAAAGUUCAUACGAUACCACUUAUCUGUAAAAGAGAAAGCAAUAAAUAUCCCCCAAAUGUUUGAGGCACUUUUAACAAGUGAUUUGCAGGAUCGUUUUAGUGGAUGGAAUUGAGUAUGAAAUUCUCAAAUUAUAGAUCCAUAACCCUAAAAUACAAGGUUUGAGAACCUGGCUGGAGGGUUUUCCUUCAAAGGAGGAAGCGUGAUCCAGGGUUACCUCAUAUGUUGAAUCUGAGCACAUCAAAAUUUUUCAGUAGUUUAAUAAUAAUAAAUUUAAGAGACACAGUGGGUCUGUAUUUUAUACCCAGUUAUGUAUGAUGGUAUCCAAUGUUGAGGGCCAAGAUUUUAAGUUUUCUAUCAGAAAUCUAAAGAUUCAUGUAUGGGGCAGUCGACAAUUUUCACUUUUUUUAAUUUGUUUCCUCUGAAACAGAUUUUGCAGUCUCAAAACACUGACGAAGUUUAUCAUUCGGGGACUGCUGAGUGAGGAGGAAAUUUAUUUGCUGAAAGAAGUCCUUCUACCCGGGAAGGACAAGGGGGAACAGCAUGGCGUUAGCGUUUUAUUUAUUUUUUGUAUAUUUUUUGUGAGACUACCAUAAGCAAUAACUCAGUGUGUCUUUAUAGAUAUUGCAGGAAUGUAUACAAAAUGAGUCAUGCUUUCAGAAAUGAGGAAAAUCAUGAACUACCCCCAGAAGGAAAUUGUUCUACUUCCAAAGAGAAUUGGGCUGUUUUUAUUGAUUUUAAUAGGGAGAGAUCCCAGGGGUCGGGCAUAAAUUGGUCUUAUUUGACAAUGUGGGCGUCCACAAAAAACUGUAAAUGUUCCUUUGUACAAUUUGUAAAUUUUAUUUAUACUGUCUUGUUUUGUACACACAUUUCUGUGUAGUGAGCUCUGAAUACAUUGAAUAUGCACUAUAUUUUUCUAUUUUACUUCCAGAGCAUCACAAAAGAACAGGUAUUUUCAGUGCUACAUAAUGUGUUUUCCCACAUUUAGGACCAAAGAUGGCUACAGAAAAACUCAAAUGGAUUGACUUCCCCUCCCUUCUCCCCCCCCGCCCCCCCACAUAUUUUUUUUUCCUUUAGAUCACUGUACAGUGUUAUUUGACGUUUUAUUUAUUUUCAUUUGAUUGAUUAGAAAAAUCAGUAUAAUUUCAGUAAAAUGCUUUCUUUUGUCCCUUAAGAAAAUCUGUAAAAAGCCUUUAAUUAGCAUAAAACCAUUACAUAGACACUCCAUUUGUAAUCUUUGUAAUAGACUGUAAAUAUAUUUUUGGAACUAUAAUACAAUGUGCUUGAGGGUUAUUUUUCAGUGUCGGCAGUGUAUACAAGUGUUUAUACCAAGUACAGCACUUUACAAUUCUAAUCAGUAGCGUUGGCCUUUGAGAGAGUGAGUGAAAGAGACCGAAUGAGUGUUCUUAAUUCAGUUUGGAUUUCCAACUCACUAAUAAUGAGGUUAUUUUCUUGUUCAUAGCUUAAGGUGCUUAUUUUUUCUAUUAAAAAUUAAAUGUACAAAAAAAGCCAUUCUAGAACUAGAAAACAUAAUAUGGUACAUUUAAAUGGUGUCUUUCCUGCUUUUUUCUAGCACUAGAUUUAUAGUUGAGAAAUCUUCCUUGAGUAGAAGGGCAGAAUUAAAGUUUUUUUUUUCCAGAACUUUUUUCCUUCAGCAAUAUACCUCAUCUGCCUUAAAAUUUCUACAGCUCUUUACAGGGAAAGGAGAGAAGGGUUGGGGAAGACACACAGCACAAAAGGCAUGGCAUUUCCUUCCACCUCCAUCUCGUGGGCAGGUUUGGUUCGCCUGAUCAUCGCUAUGAUUUUUGGAUUUACAUGUACGUGCAUUGCGUAUCGAUUGAGGAAAAGAAGCGACGUUGUAAUUGCUGAUUGUAAUGCUCUCUCUCUUCCCGAAAGAGAUGAGAUAGUGUAAUGACAAGAAUGUACAAAUUGCACCUUGAAACCUUUUAUUGAGAAACUAGCACUCAGGGGAGGGAAGAAAGCUCAAGCUCAAGUGAAAAGCAGGAUUUCACAAGAAUGAACCGGCAGGAGAAACAGCAUCCUUGCUUUAUUCUACACCCCCUUUUUAGAACACACUGUCUUCACACUUGGCUUGUGUUUUGCAUUCAGUACUGAACUACACAGUGACAUGUUUCGUUCCAUCUGGAUCUAAACCUUUUCUGAAAAUGGGACUGAGCCUUUGCUUACAUGAACUGGUGCUUAAUGCUUGUCAGCACUCUUAGUUGAAUCAUGUUGUAUACUCAUCUUGUACUCUACAUUAGCUAGAACUAUUUAAGUCGAUAUUUUAAUUGCUCUUCCUAUCAAUGUUUUAAGACAAUUGAAAACUGGGUGUGAGUCACCUCGUUUGGAUUUAGAUAAUGCUGGUUUAUCGCCCUUCUGUUCUCUGAUGAGUAAGCCAGGAAGUAGGCUACUCACGGUAUGCUGAAGUGAAAUGCAUGCACCAAUAAAUUACUUAUGUGUAUGAUUUUCCUCUAGAUGUUGAGAAGUCACGGGGGACUUGGGGGAAGAGAUGUGCUUUUAAUUUGCUGGACUUGUCCCUCUUUGCCUAGGAAAUCCUACAGGGGCCAUCCUUUCACAAGUACAAACUGGCUUUGGACAGUAUCUUUAAUGUAUCAAGCACAAAUAACUCUUUCUUCAACACCGAUCAUAAAGUCUCUUUUUACCAACUUAA